AUGGACAAAGGCCAUAGGUCCGAGUCCUCGCAUCGCCGAGGCCACCGCAUGGGGUUUAAACGUCCCGAUUCCACCGAGCUGAGAAGAAGCGCCGUCGCUGGGGCAAUGAGAAGCGCGACGCCUGAGACCAACUCCGAAGCGUCAUCGGUUCCGGCGCCUAAUAGGCACACUCAGCACGGCCCUUCCUGCACCCCCUCUUCGGCAGACAUCGGGGACCCCGACAACUGGUUGCUUCCACGACCGUUCGGGCACAAGGUCGAGCUUCCUUUUUCUGGUGAGACGUCUUAUGAGAUGAGCGAGGACCCUGAGCAGCAUUACAACUCCCACUUUCCUCAUGACCAUCGACGCUGCUCCCCCGACGUCUUCCACGAGACAAAACGGAAUCCGAGUGGCGUGACCACCGGCUUCCUGGAGAAGGGAAUCCCCGACCGCUCGAAGAUGCGGUCUCCGUACUUCCAGAACAGAGCGGAGGCCUGCUUUGGGGCCACAACCAGCCCCAGUUACUCUGAGACACUCGGGGCAGGUCCGCCUAGAAACGAGUUUGAUGCAGCUCCAGGCGUGGUCCGAUCACAUCGUCGUCGUUUUUCAACUAGCGCUGCGACUUCUGCCGCGAAACCAGGUCAUUCCUUGGCCUCUGAAUCCGUCAACGAUCAUUCAGAAUGCGAAAGUCCACAGGACAAAAGGAGCCAAGGUCGCGGACAGUCAACGGAUGGCUCUUCCGACGACAAGUUCGGGGAAGCUUACCCCUCGACACCUGAUGUUUCGGCUUCCGCCAGCCUCAGCUACAGCCUUCCACGGGAAUCUCGGAGCCGUUUUCACACUCCUACAGGGCCUUACUCCCCCAACAGCGAGCCAGGGCGCGCCUACGGACCGUCAGUCAUCAGUGGCGCUGUGACGCAAACCCUCACGCCCAACACGUCUCCGUAUGGAAGGGUGCAGGCAACAAGAAAUGCGAGCUACGACUAUGGCGGCGUCAACGACAUCCGUCGCGGAAGACCUGUCAUGAACAACACAGGGGGACGCUGGCAGCAACGUUCCUCAUCGCUCGGUUUCAACGCCCCGGCCAGCAUGGACUCCAACUUCAGAUAUCGCCCGGGUUUACAGGACUCCUCAAUUCUCAGUUCUCCGCAACACCGGGUUGCUCCGCGGCACCAGUUCCAGAUCACAUCACCAGUCUGCUCCGAGCCGGGAACCAGAGAGAUGUUAGAAGAGGCCGAAAAUAUCCAUCUGCUUGACCUGGACUUCAGUUCCGACUCGGAGUCUGAUUACGAUGACAUGGAUGUGCAUCAGGCGCUGAGGAACACCAACCGUGUCAAAGAAAGCGUGGAUAGGGGCAUGUCAGAACCCACUGUCCAGCAAGACCGGGUCCUGUGCGCCAUUUCGGAAAGCCGCGCAUCUAAUAUGCUGGGCAUGGCGAUUAUCAACGUGACCCUCGGACAAGUCGACCUCAUCAGGAUCGUCAACAACGACAGAUACCAACGGAUGUCCAACACAUUGCAGAGGACGUCAAUUGUGCCACCACAAACUUUCCUGGUGCUGAAGAAUGUCGUCCAGAAACACAGCAAGUCCUUCCUUGCCCAACGCCUGAAAGAAGACUUCCCGGAUGCGGACGUGGUCGCGUUGGAUAGGGAGUACUGGAACGAGUCAGAGGGCCUGAGAAUGAUCGACCGCUUUGCUUGGCGUAAACACGUCAAGGCCUUGCGCAGAGAUCUAGAGCACAACUUCUACGUCUCAUGCGCCUUCUCUGCGGUGAUGGCCUACGUCGAGCGGGCAGUGGGUGUGAUGUUCAGGAGGAAUUCGUUGCGCGUCAAGUACAGACAACCAGAAAAUACCAUGGGUCUCGACCGUGCGACCUUCUCAUCGUUGGAGCUGUUCCAGAACAUCCGCAACUCCAAAGGCGCAAACUUGACGCUUUUCGGGCUGCUCGACAACACUCUUACACCUCAGGGCCGCCGGAUGGUUCGGUCAGCUCUUCUGCAACCAAGCACGGACCGGAACGAGAUUGUCGCGCGUCAUGAAGCCGUCGAGGAGCUGUCAAGCAACGAAAACUUGUUCACGGCAGUGCGGGCGAGUCUCAAAAAGCUUCUCCACAUUGACAUCGAGCGAUCCAUACCAUGGAUUGCCAAGGAGGUCAGGGGUUCGCGUCUUCCACUGCAGGACGGAGUGGCUCUCAUCCACGGGCAUCACCAGAUCAUUAUGCCGAGUCACGAGGAACUACAGAGAGCAGAGAACGACUUGAACAGCAUCCUCAUGAUCAAAGCGUAUCUUGGUGGCGUCCAAGAAAUCCAGGAGACCCUCGAGAUGGCGGAUUGCACCAGCCGCUUGUGCAAAUGGGUGUUGGAGAAGUGUGCUCGAGAGAACACGGCGCCCCUCAUUGGUCUCAUCGAGCGAACCAUAGAACGAGACGCCACCUAUAGCAAGGCACCCAUAGAUGUCAGGAACAACAGACUGUGGGCAGUCAAGGCGCCGCCCAACGGCCUUCUAGAACGGGCCCGUCAGCUCUAUCGUGAGCUUACAAAUGAACUGCACCAGUACGUGGAGGAAAUCAGCAAGGUGUUUCAAGAACAUUUGGGCACCGCACCGGAGCUUCAGCUUGGAAAGGAUCACCGCUACUAUCUGAAAUUCCAGUGGUCCGAUGUCGAACGAGAACUCAUGAGCCGCCAGGAGCGAGAGCCGUCCAGACCUGCCGGCUACCAUGACAGCAGCUCGAACCUCUUGGGAGGCGUGGAGAUCGUAAACGGCGUUCGGCACAAGCAGCACUACCAUUGCGAGACUAUGGAACUCCUCCAAAUGGGCAGUCAGAUCCAGCGGCAGGCCGACAUCGUCACAGCUCAGAGCGACAAGUUGGUUGUGGAGCUAAAGCGGUCGCUGUCGGCGCAUGGGGAAUGCCUACUCGGCCUGAGCGAAGCCACUGCAGUCCUGGAUAUGCUGAGCUCAUUCGCACACCUGGCCACAACCCAGAACUACGUGCGGCCCAUCAUGUCUGACACCUUGGUCCUCAAGGAUGCCAGACACCCAAUGAUGGAAGUGAGGAAGCCGAACUUCGUCGCCAACGAUGUCUAUUCAGGAGAUCAAGCUGCUCGGUUCCAGGUUGUCACUGGUGGGAACAUGAGCGGAAAGAGCACAUUCAUUCGUUCCAUCGCCCUGAUCCAAAUUAUGGCGCAGGUUGGCAGCUUCGUCCCAGCGACAUAUGCCGCCCUUCCGAUCUGCGACCGUGUGUUCUCGCGCCUGUCUACCGAGGACAAACCCGAGAGCAACAUGAGCACGUUCGGGGUCGAGAUGGCAGAGAUGAACAUGAUUCUCAGGCAAGCCACCAAGGAUAGUCUGGUCAUCAUUGAUGAACUUGGGCGCGGCACUUCAACCAAGGAAGGACUGGCCAUCGCGCUGGCCAUGUCGGAGCACUUGAUUGGGAUGGGAUGUCGAGUCUUCUUCGCUACUCACUUCACCGAGCUCGCACCUGUUUUGAACCAGACUAAGCAAGGCAGCGUCCUGACCGUCCACGUCUCUGGCGAGUGUACUGUGGCCGGCAACACGCCGCUGAUCAGUCUACCGCACAAGAUCGCCCCAGGCCCCGUCAGCAAAAAAGAUUACGGCCUCGCUCUCGCACGGCGCUUUCUUCCAGAGAGGGUUAUAAGAAAUGCCGAACGAGCUGUCAAGUCGAAAAUGGACGACUCCUCCCUCGGAUCAUAUGCGAAGAAGCUGCAGACGGAGUUCAUCUGCACGAUGCACAAGGCCGCUGACGACGAGGGCCGAGAGGAAGAAGCCGGCCAGCAUGAGAGCCACGCGGUUGAGCGCCCGAUACUCGAGAAACCGAGCGAAGAAGAGCUGGACGAGUGGAUGAAGAAGUGCGAUGCUGCCGAGCGGCGCGUGAUGCACGCCAACAUGGCGCACUCUCAGGACAAGAAACGGCCCGUCUCAAGGUCCCAAAGCAGCGAGUGCUCGCAAAAGCGUAACAAGACGGAUGGCGAGACGGACAGCGUGCUGUCUCAACCCACCCCGAUCAAUCGCGGCUCCAUGAUCGACCGGCUGCGCAGAGGGACAAGGGCGUGCACGCCUACCACCCGAGCCGCGACGCCGAGCAGUUUCACGAUGGGCGCCACCGACGUCGACGCAGAAUCAAUCACCGAAGAGAGCGAAGAUCAGCAGAACCGCCCCACUGAGCAGACAGCAAGCGGGCAGGGAAACAGGGCGAUCUCAAUAUCGUCCGGUAGCUCGAAUGACGACGAAGACAUGCAAGACAUGGACGAUGAUAUCUAUGACGAAGGAGACAUGGCAUCGGACGGCGGCUCUAGAGAGGAUCUCUCUGGCGAACCGCGCCAGCCUCUCGAGAGCUUCCAGCCGCUCAAGAAGUGGUACGCCCGCAAGAAGGGGACGGAAUCCCCGAGCACGGAGCAAUAAGAGCAUACGGACGCGCCGGCAGCAGCCACGUUUGGCGCGAGCGUUGAUACGAAGCAAGAUGCCGCCUGAUGUUGAGGAUCAGGAGGACUGAUGGAGGAGGGUUGGAAUCGGGGGGGUUGCGCAUUGCACUUUGAAGGACUAUGUUGGCUCUUCCACCAGAAGGAAGUCUUCACAUCUUUGCAUCUACGGAUGAUAUGGCUGUGGGCGGAGGAAAUAACUUGGCAUCUGAUCAGCCUGCUGAUUUAGUGGCAAGCUGGUGGAGGGAAUGAUGUCUUUGCUGUGGGAUAUGGUCAAGGAUGGACGGCAAGGGAACCUGAAACCCUGUGUAAGCACAUGUUGGCAAGUUAUGCUGUACGGUACCAAUGAUAACAUCUCCUCUCUUC